AUGAGAUAUUUCUUGAUCUUUAUUUUAAAUCUCGUUAACUCUUAGCAAGUAGUUUACCAGCUAGAAGCAGCUGAUUAGCCCGAUGGAUUGAGUAGUAUCGAUAAUAUUUAUCAAGAUGAUUAAUGGGUCAUUGUAGACAAUUAGAAUGGACUUACAAGAUCCACCUGCAAUAGUGUUGAUGUCUAUGGGGGAUAUGAAGUAUUUACACAUGAUACCGUAAUUUAAAAGUAUUUUACUUUAUUAACAGCAAUUAGAGUAUUUUUUGAUCUAGGUCCUCAUUUCAAGAUGAGAAUAGAAAUGAAUCUUUGGUGGUAUGCAUUUAUUUAUAACUCUUAGGUUCAAUUUAGUAUUAGAAGAGUUGAUCAUUGAAAAUGAUAAUACAUAAAUUAAUAUAACUUCAUCCUCAUCCCUACAAACAAGAUCAUGCCCAGAGCUUACAUCUAAUUCAAUUAUCAUCGAGUACUAAGUGCAGUGUCUGAUAUUUGAAUUUUCUCAUCAGAGGAGAAAUUCCAUUUUUAAAAUGUUUCAAGCUUACUUUGAGCUUGAAGAUGUAUCAUAUUAGAUGGAUUUAGGCUACCUGGGGCUUCAAUUCAUUUAAAAUCAGUGUUUACAAUUGUCCUUCAGGAUGCCUCUAAUGUAUAGGGGAGGACGAUUUAAAUUGCGGUUUGUGGAGUAAGCUUUAAUUUUCAUUUAUUCAAUGCGAAUUUGAAGAUUCAGAUAUUUAAUAAUGGGGUGGUGGAUUGGAAGUCAAUGUCGACGAAUUUGGAUGUUGUAAAGGAAUCAAUUCGAUUUCUUUUGAAAAUUCAUUCAUAUUGCCUCCAAGCGAUAAGAUUUUAAUUAGAUUUUUAAUAAAUAAAAAUACAGAUUUAACCAUUUGGAUCGAUCAAAAUAGAAUAAAUAUUUAAUAAGCUGGUGUGGUUGAGUUAAUUGUAUAAAAAUAGUUUGGUUAAACUUUGAAUGUUAAGAUAAGAGAUCUGAAUAGUUUGUCAGAUUGGAUGAUUAGAGAUUUAGAGAUAUAUUAUUAAUUAAGACAUAAUUAUAUUGAUAAUAUUAUUUCUUAUAUAAUUCUGGAAUGCAGAUAAUUAAUUGGUUAAUUUUGUUUUGAUUGCCAAGAAGGUUGGGAAUUGGAUGUAUUAUAAAAUAUAUGUAUGACAUCAUGUGGUGAUAAUAUUAUCUCUGGAUUAGAAGAGUGUGAUGACGGAAAUUACAUUCAAUUUGAUGGUUGUUAUCAAUGUAAGUUCUAGUGUAUUCAAUUCUGUUUAACUUGUAUUCAUGGUGCUUGUUUACAAUGUUCAAAUGGAUAUUCAUUUAAUAAUAACUAAGAAUGCUCUCUAAAUUGUUAAGAUAAAAUCAUCAUUCCAUACUAUAACCAAGAAUGUGAAGGCCAAGAUUUUAACUAAUUUCAUGGUUGCUUCUAAUGCUUAAAUCAAUUGGAAUGUAUAUACGGUUGUGAAAAAUGUGAUCUUGGAACAUGCUAUAGAUGUUAAUCUGAUUUCAUUUUAUAUCAAGGUAAAUGUUAUUCGAAUUGUGGUAGAGAUAAUGGGAUAGUCUAUGAAGAUUGUGAAGAUAUUAAUGAAGAUAACAUUGAAUUAUUAUGCUAGCCUUAUUGUAUUACUUGUAAUUUGAAGUAAUGCUUAAUGUGUGAUGAAUAAUAUGAACUACUUGAAGAUGGAUCAUGUGUAUUAAAAGAUGUUGAUAAUAUAAAUUAGUUGAUCCAAAAAGUUGAUAUGAUAUGUCAAAAAAGUUCUUUUGAAUGCAAUUAUUAUAAAUCCCCUUAACUAAUAUUAAGUUAUUUAAAUAUAACUUUAAAUAAGUAGUAUGUAAGGAUCGAAUUUACAGAAUAAGUCAAGUCUUAGCUUUAAACACCGUUAUCUGAGACCUUAAUUAUUGAAAUCUUAAACAUUACAAACUAGAUGUAUUCUUACGAUGUAAUUAUUAUUCAGGAUUCAGGUGAGUUUGUACAGACCCUAGAAUUAAUCUUAGAAAUUGAAAUAUUUGAAUUGCUAGAAAAAAAGCCAGUUUUAUCUCUAAACUUAAAUUAGAGUUUAGUUAAUUCUUUUGGAUAAGGUGUCAUUCAGGAUUCUGCUAUUAUAACUCUUGAACUCCCUUCUUAUCUGAAUGAGAAUCAAAAAAGGACAUCCAAUAAAUUAGCUAGCAUUACUGAAUCAAGUAUUUAUGGCUUGUUAGCUGUUUGUGGAAUAUCCGUUCUUUUUGGAAAUCUAUAAUACAUUUUAGGAAUUCUUAAUAUGCUGCAAUAUUUAUCAAUACUAAGGUACAUAAAUUUGAAAUUUCCUUAGAAUUUAGAAAUUUACUUUUAGGCUUAUGAUGUUUUGA